AUGGACCCCGCCGUACCACAGCCCGUCUCUUCCACAAGCCCCAAUCUAGACCAGUGCGCUCGCAGGGCAUGCGGUUUUGGCUCUAUGGACGAUCUGGUUACAUCUUCAUUGCUCCGCACUGAGCUCAACAGCUUUUACCAAGGCGAUCACCAGUCAGCGGCGGCGGUUUCGUUGCUCCGCUUGCUCUCGGCGCUGGAUGUCCUGCUCGCUCUUCCGUCCGAAUCUUCAGGCGUUCAUGCCGGGAAUAUGCAGCUUCUGUGGGAACUCCUUUCGGUUGAGCAAGCUCUAACAAUAAUUCACGCACCUUCCCUGGAUGUCGACCUCAUGCAAAGUUUCGGUCCCGACAAGCGACUUGGUGACAUGUUGGACGGAAUAAGCGCGUUAAGGAGCGCGACAGGGGAAGCACAAGUGGAAUCCCUUGCUUUACUCGAGAGCCGUGAGCUCGGUCCUCUGCAAUGGUGGCUCGCGGCCGAUGUGCUGUCUAGCGUCUGUGUCAUCCUUCGAAAGGACAUCUAUGACGGCGUUCUGCGAUUAUUUGCGAAGCGACGCGAGCAGACGCCUCUGCCUUCGUUCCAGAUAAACUCCACUCGCGUCGUCAGUCGAGGUCCUUCGAGCUUCGACGCCGGCUCGACCGCCGAAGCUGAAGCACGCAUCGCCAGUACCGGACUUAGCGUCGGACUGAACUCGUCGCCCACUAUGCCGCUGGUGGUUAGCGAUGCAGCCGUCAGAGCUGACAGGACUUUGAGGUCGCCUUGGCUUGCCCCGCGCGAUUUCCAGCCGGAGAUUACUUGGCGCAUUGAUGAUCUCAAGCAGCUCGCUGAGGAUCUCUUCAGAUGGCCGUCGGGGCAACCCGUCCCAGAUGUCUUGAUCUGGGAGCACCCGGAAAUGCACGGUUGUCCUGUAGACGCAAACGGACACGCAGCACAGUUUCAGGCAAGUUUUGUUCACGGUCUAGCCAUCGGCCAACCCUUUAGCUAA